UAAAUUGUCUUUACAUUAUGUUGUUGUUUUGAUUAGAUUUUAACGCCGAGGGCGUGUUAUGUUUAAGGAACAUUUACGCAAUGUUUCGGACUAUCUUCUAAAACUCCCCGUUUUUUUGUAUAUAUAAGCCCUUGUAUAUAUAAGCCCUUGAUAAAGUAUAUCUAUAAACAAUCGAAACAGACGAGUUAACAAAGUAGAGCCAUAAAGGACGACUCGAGAUAAGAAUUGGGCAGCAAAAAUGAUAAUAAACACGCUUUUGGUAAUAUGUUUGGCUGUAUCAACGACGAUUGGACAGGAUGAAUUUAACUAUCUCUGUGGCGAGCGACAAUUAGACAACGGUGCAGGGUUUAACAACCACCCGUACGAUUGUACAAAGUAUAUACAAUGUGAAAAAGACAUUCACCACAAUGUUAUUGCUAGGGUGAGACCGUGUAGUUUUGGAACAUUCUUUAGCAAGAGUAUACUUAACUGUGCUAGUGCCGAACAAACAGUUUGCGAAAAUGAUCUUUGUGCUACAGAUAUGAAUGGUAAACAAAGAAAAGCCGAGGGAAACUGCAGGGGAUAUUAUGUAUGUCUGAAUGGAAAGUCUGUUGCGAAGUGCUGCCCCUCAGGUCAAAAGUAUGAUUCAAUAAAAGGAUGCGUUGCUAAUGAAGACAAAGAGUGUACGGAUGUUUGUUAUAACAGCAAAUAUGUUACAGAAGCCCCUCUGCCAAGUAACGAAACAGAAUCUAACUCUGAUUCCGAUGUAAUAACCACGACAGAGGCUGCCCCUGCGGUUGAAUGUGAUAAGAGGCCAGUGUUCGGUCACCCAGAGAUGUUUCACUGGAUCCUGUAUGGUGGAGCAAUCGUUCAAACCAUGAACUGCUCAGCUGGGACCGUCUUCCUGCCUCAGACCUGUAACUGUGGUCAUAUGGAGGGAACAAGCAAUAUUAAGGCACCGGAAGUGCUUCUCACAUUUACCUAAGACCACAAAGACGUAUCUGUCCACCAUAAUCAUGUUGAAAAUUACGGUGUUGUAGUCGAAAACGGUGUUGCUAAGUUCAAUGGAAACAGCAGCCGUCUUAUUAUUCCGAGGUUUACCAACAUGGAUAUCGCUAAAACCUUCAUUAUCAAAAUGAAAUACAAAUCCAACCACCGUGUUAUCCCAGCUGGCAUGCAGCGAGCUUUGUUCUCAAAUUUCGACUGUAAGGUUGAACCAUCUUUAAUUUCAACGGAGGACCGUCUAUAUGUACACGCAGCGGUUGGUACGAACGAUAAUUUUCGGCAAGCAACAAAGCUAUACCAAGCGCCAUUGAACGCCCGGCUGGAGAAAGAGUUAGUGUACAAGUUCCACAAUGAAAAAUUGCGCGUAAGUCUUGGAAAAGCUACGACAGAAAUCCCAGCAAACGGUCAUCUUAGAAACAUCCAGUGCGCGCUCCAUAUCGGGUACGCUGACGGAAGCCUUAAUUUUGAGGGUGAAAUCAACGAACUUGCCAUCUACCUUUGUAACCCUGAUAUUUAAACCUAACACUAUCGUAAUUUAUUAUUGAAUUAAUUUAUUUAUUUUUUUUGUUUUUCAUUUUUAUCAAACGGAUUUAUUUUAAGCUUAAAAGAGUUCGACUUGUGGAAUAUAAAUACAUGUAUGUAAUUGGUUUUAUGCUGCAUUGAUAUAAAAAAGGAAAUAUGUUUUGUACCUUAAGGUAAGUACAUGUAGUAUACUACAAAGUUGUUUAAAAUGAAUGUCUCCAUUAAAGUUUCCUUCGUCACGGCAUAUUGUCUAUGCAUUACUGUUGGUAUAUAAAGAAACACAUACACACGGCCUUAAAAGUAGAAUAUAUAUUUAAUAUUUUAUUUUUAGAGCCAUAUGACUUUACUGCAUUGCGAAGCAAAGUGUAAGAAAUGACAAAUUAAUCAUGCUGAAACGAAUAAGAGGACUUUAAUCUAUAUCUUGACUUUACAAUAUAUCUGAUAGCUAAUUUCUCCACAUUCUUACAGCUAUACACUGAAAUAUGACUAGAAAAACAUUUUUUCUGCGUUUUUAAAGUAUCUCAGUGUAUAAUCACAGUAUAUUUAGCUACUGCAACCCUGUAAAAUGAUACUGCGAAUGCGUCUUUGCUAUCACCGACUUAAGGUUGACCAUUGAUUUAAAAGGAUAAGAAAAUACUUCUGCGCAUGCGUACAAUUUUAGUAACAAUGGAAGCUCUAAGUCGAUGUAGAAAUGUUUCAUGUUAUCAAUAUUGAGGUGUUUCACAUGUUUGUGGGUACAAUUCUGUUUACACUGAAGGCUAUACAUGUGUUGAAUGUUGCUGUAUAAGGUAUUGUAUUAGAUUUACAAAUUGAUUGUCAAUUGAAAUUGUUUGAUAAAUCUGUUGCAGAAAUUGUGUAACUUGGUUGUGAAGUUUGGGGAUUUGGAGAACAUAGCACAAUUGAAAACAAAACAAAACUGAUAUUAUGAAAAUAAGGCACACAUCAUGUUAUGCUGUAUGGCGACUUAGGUAGAUUUCGACUUAGUACUACUUUUUAGAAACUUAUUAUAGGAUUCAGGUAUGAGCUUACUCACAACAACUUCAAUUUAUCGUCGGUAUUGAAUAAACUACUUUAUAGUGAGUCAAUUAGAAAUUGUAGGCAUUAUCUGUGGUUAGUGAUGUUAAGCAUAUUUUUAUGAAAGUGGACUAAGUUUUAUUUGUCAAAACCAAAAGAUUUGUUUGUUAUAUCUUGUUGAAAAUUCGCUAAAGGAUCAAUAUAAGAUCUCCUGGAAUAGUACUGUAAAUGAAGUCUCCAAAAUGUUACCAUUAAAGGAUUUACAAAACAAAUAAUAAGAUUGGAUAUUUUUAUAAUUUAAUUCUGGAAAUGUUCAUCAGGCCGCUCAUAAAUUUAAGGCUUUGUAAUAGUUAUUCGCCCGCUGGUCGCUGGCAUGGUAUCUAAAGAAAAUGUACUUGAAUGACAUUGGCGAUGAAUUGCACUAUUUUUGAAAUGCACCCACUUUGCAAAUGAAAGAAGGAAAAAAUUACCAGCUUUUCAUAAAAAUAAUGUUACUAUUAUAUACUACCAAAUGAUAACGUGUGAGAAUGACUGUCAAAAGCUAAUCGAAACAAGCAAAUUCAUAGCUGUUGUAUUUAAAACACCAGGUUCAUUAGUUGCUGUUUUGGUAUUAUAAUUAUAUCCUAUUAUAAUAUGUAAUGUCUACCUCUUUUCGCAUGUACAAUGUGUUGAGUGUAAUAACAGAAUGGAAGAA